AUGGGGGAUUCAUACCAUAAUUGUUCAGGCGGACUCCUGAUUCCAUUUCUGAACGAAGCAGGAUGGGAUCCUACGUUGCGGGCUAUACUCUAUCUGGGAGGAUUGCUCUACUGCUUCAUAGGUGUUGCAAUAAUCGCAGACGUUUUCAUGUGCUCAAUCGAGAAGAUCACAUCGAAGACCCGGAAAAUCACACUAUCAGCCCAGCAAAGAAUCGUUAAAGUUUAUCAGGAAGGCAGUCGACCGGACUCGGAUUCCGAUAUCGAGCCGGAAGUUAUCGAGGUUAAGGUUUGGAAUGAGACCGUUGCAAACCUGACUCUGAUGGCCUUGGGCUCAUCGGCUCCUGAGAUUCUCUUAUCGAUCAUCGAGAUCGCCGGCAAUGACUUCAAAGCUGGCGAACUAGGUCCCGGAACUAUCGUUGGAUCGGCAGCGUUCAAUCUGCUCGUUAUCACGGCCGUGUGCAUCAUCUCGGUGCCAGCAGGAGAAAUUCGCACUAUACGUAUGAUCAAGGUGUUCUGCAUAACGGCUACGUUUUCGGUCUUUGCUUACGUGUGGCUAUUAGUCAUCCUGGUUCUGAUAUCUAAAGACGUAGUGGAAGUUUGGGAAGGACUUCUCACUCUCCUGUUCUUUUUCAUCCUUGUACUUCUCGCCUACUUGGCUGAUAAAGGAAUUCUCUUCCCCGGAAGAAAAGAGGAAAGCACGGAUCCCAAGCAGAUCGAACUCCAAAGCUCUGACGAUCCCGAGAAAGUCAAAGUGAAUAUCCCGAAUGGGACUGACUCGCACAAGAAAAAAUUCUUCAGCAAUGGCAGAAUCGAUCGCCCCGGACUACUCGACUUCAUCAAGGAUAUCCGCAAGCAUCCUGGUCUGACGGACGAGGAUUGUGCGACUUUGGCUGCUGCUCGAUUGGCCGAUGAGCAGGCUCACAGUCGAGGCUGGUACCGCGUGAGCGCCAUCAGAGACUUCACCGGCGGAAAGCGGACGAAACCCUCGAUUUCUGCUACUUUACAACAUAAGUUGGACCAAGAAGUGCGGGAACUCAUGGCUGUUGCCGACGUGCUGGACAAACGUGAUGACAAGCCAGAGGCCGAUCGUAACCGAGUGAGCACUCCCGAAGUACAGGACCUCGACAAACAGAAGGGCACGCUGCUGACUCCUCUCCCAUAUUUCAUCGACAAGGAGAUGUCGUACGUCGAGUUCAACGCCAGCCAAGUCGCAGUAUUGGAAAAAUCGAAGAAAGCCACCGUCCUGCUCCGGAGAAGAGGCAAUACCGAAUCCGAGAUCAGCGUGCGCGUCGAGACCAUCGAUGGAACCGCGACUGCCCACGAGGAUUAUAAGCCGCUCCGGCAACUCGUCAAAUUCGCUCCAGGGGAAUUGAUUAAAGCAGUCACGGUGGAAAUCGUUGACGAUCAGCAAUGGGAACCCGAUGAGAGCUUCUUCCUUCGGAUGUCUGUGCCGUUAUCGCAGAAAAUGCUCCGACUCGGUAGGAAAACCGUUAUGGAGAUCGUAAUCAUCAACGAUGACGAACCGGGACAAUUCACCUUCUUACGUCGUGGUGUUUUGGUCAAGGAAAGCGUGGGAUUGGCCUCCUUGACUGUGAUCCGUCAGAAAGGUUGCGAUGGCGUUGCCCAUGUCCACUGGAGAACGAAGAACCAAACGGCAGUUCAUGGGAAGGAUUUCGUUGGAGGCGAUGGGAAACUCAUAUUCGAGGACGGUGAAUGUGAGAAAGCGAUCGAAAUCAAGAUUGUCGACGAUUUCGAGGCCGAGAAGGACGAACAUUUCGAAGUGGAACUCUUCGAACCCUCUCCGGGCUCGAGUCUGGGCUCUCACACGAAAUGCACGGUCACCAUAGCCAACGACGAUGAUUUCAACUCGAUCAUGAAUCGUAUAAUGAUGAUGGCCAAUGUUAACGUCGACAAAUUCCGACUGCACAACGAAACCUGGUGCGAACAAUUCAAGGAGAAUAUGAACGUCAACGGGGGCGACCUGGAUAACGCCACCGGAUCCGACUACGUCAUGCACGGAUUGACUUUCUUCUGGAAAGUUCUGUUCUCCUUCGUUCCCCCGCCCGCCUACGCCGGGGGUUGGAUCACGUUCGUGGUUUCUCUGGCUCUCAUCGGUUUACUCACAGCUAUAGUUGGUGAUCUCGCGGGCAUAUUUGGUUGCCUCGUCGGACUUGAGAACACAGUGACCGCUAUCACCUUCGUCGCUCUCGGAACGUCUCUGCCCGAUUUAUUCGCCUCGAGAACUGCAGCUCGACAGGAGAAAUAUGCCGACAACGCCAUCGGGAACGUCACCGGCUCAAACUCGGUCAAUGUGUUCCUGGGUCUCGGACUCCCUUGGUUCAUCGCUGCGCUUUACUGGUGGUCGAAGGGCGAAGUAUUCCGGGUCGAGUCUGGCACCCUGACAUUCAGCGUCGGGAUUUACUGCGCGGUAGCAGUUUGCUGCAUAUCGCUGAUCUUCGCGAGACGUUUCCUGCAACCUCUGGGCAAGGCCGAAUUGGGUGGACCCCGACCGAUGGCUCUCGCUUCAGCAGGCUUCCUUCUGUUCCUGUGGCUGGUCUACAUUGUUCUGUCGGCUCUGAAGGCAUACAAGCACCUCUGAAUUCCUGAACGACCUUUACAUCGUCGGAUUUCGAGCGAAGGAGUGGUGUUGAGUCUUGGCGGUCUCCUUAAAACGAUCAGCUCAACCAGAUCAUGGCCGACGUGAU